GUGGUGGCUCUGGCAGCAGAAGCCUGAUUCCUGCGGGGGAGGAGACAGAGCUGGGGGUGUCCUCUCCGCUCCUCCCUUCGCCAUGUGAGAGGCACUGGCCACCGGCCCUGAGCCCCCUGGUCCAGACACGUGGGGCUCCAGUCCCAGUUGCCUUCCCAGCUGUCAGCACCGCUUCCAGUUCAAGCUCCCUUCUUCUUCCUCCUCUUCCUCUCCUCCUCUUCCCUUCAGGGGUGUGAGACCACCAUGGCGUCCAGCGAGGAUGAAGGUGGCAACGGUGCCUCAGAGGCCGGGGAGGAGAAAGAGACGGCCAAGAAGAGGAGACUGGGUUUCCUGGCCACUGCCUGGCUCACGUUCUACAACAUCGCCAUGACCGCAGGGUGGCUGGUACUAGCCAUUGCCAUGGUGAGAUUUUAUAUGGAGAAAGGAACACACAAGGGUUUAUACAAAAGUAUUCAGAAGACGCUCAAAUUUUUCCAGACAUUUGCAUUGCUGGAGAUAUUCCACUGUUUAAUUGGAAUUGUACCUACUUCUGUACUUGUGACUGGGGUCCAAGUGAGUUCAAGAAUCUUUAUGGUUUGGCUCAUCACCCACAGUAUAAAACCAAUCCAGAAUGAGGACAGUGUGGUACUUUUUCUGGUGGCCUGGACUGUGACAGAGAUUACUCGAUAUUCCUUCUACACAUUCAAUCUUCUCAACCACUUGCCAUACUUCAUUAAAUGGGCCAGAUAUAAUUUUUUUAUUAUCUUGUAUCCUGUUGGAGUUGUCGGUGAACUGCUUACUAUUUACGCUGCCUUACCCUACGUAAAGAAGUCAGGAAUGUUUUCAAUAAGACUUCCUAACAAGUACAACGUUUCCUUUGACUAUUAUUAUUUUCUUCUUAUAACUAUGGCCUCCUAUAUACCAUUGUUCCCCCAACUCUAUUUUCACAUGCUGCGGCAGAGGAGAAAGGUGCUUCAUGGAGAGGUGAUUGUGGAAAAGGAUGAUUAAAUAUCCCGAUGAGGAAGGUGCUUUUUCAGAAUCAGGAUUUUACAAAAACUCUUUUGAUCUUCAUCAUCAUUCAAGUUUAAUAACAAGAAUAAACAACGUCUUGAAAUAC